GAAACAUUUAGCGGUCAAUUAAUCUGGCUAAUAUUUUAUAUAUAGAUACACACAAUCAUAUCUCAGCUGAAAUUGUCUUCAUGCAUUAUUCCAACUCUUCCCCAUCUUAGGAUCUUAAAGACAUUAUAUAUACAGGUUCAACAUUCACUACAGAACAACUGACAUAUCUCCAUUUCUUAGCUUGAGCAAAUCAAAGUGAUCAUCAUCAGUUUAGCAAGGUGCUCGAGUGGCAAGGACACAGAUCGCAUUCUAGUUUGGAGUCCGGCAAAUCAUGAAGUUCUCUUUUCUUUGCUCGAAGUGUUUAUUAUCUUCUCGGGCAGGAAUCGUCGAUGAUAGUAACUUACCUGGUGUGCAGUUUCUUCAAAAUGUCCACGCCUUCUCAUACGAAGAAUUGAAAGUUGCCACCAAUGAGUUUAAUCCCUCCAAUAAAAUUGGUGAAGGCGGAUUUGGAACUGUCUACAAGGGAAGAUUAAAUGACGGAAGAGAUGUGGCCGUGAAAGUUCUUUCAGUAGAAUCAAGACAAGGUGACAGGGAGUUCAUGUCGGAGCUAUCAUCAGUCUCCAACAUUCGACAUGAAAAUUUGGUGCAGUUGCACGGUGGUUGCAUCGAAGGCCGUCGUCGAAUUCUUGUUUACGAAUACAUGGAACACAACAGCCUCGCUCGCAUCUUGCUAGGUGAUGACAAACUAAGAUCAAAAUUAAAUUGGAGAGUGCGAAAAGAAAUUUGUAUAGGAAUUGCACGAGGACUUUUCCAUAUUCAUGAAGAGGUUAAACCACACAUCGUACACAGAGACAUCAAAGCAAGCAACAUACUAAUGGAGAAGAACUUCAAUCCAAGAAUCUCCGAUUUCGGACUAUCGAAGCUCUUUCCAGAACACGUUUCUCACAUCACUACACGAGUGGCCGGAACAUUAGGCUAUCUUGCUCCGGAAUAUGCCGUUUCCGGUCAUCUAACACGGAAAUCAGACGUGUACAGUUACGGUGUACUGAUUUUGCAAAUAGUCAGUGGACGAUCGGCAGUUGACUUUGAUAUAGAACUUGGAGAACACUAUCUUGUCCAAAAGGCAUGGGAAAUGCAUAAGGACAACAGGCUCGUAGAUAUAAUCGACUCGACACUUGAGCAUGAUGGCAACUUCUCAGAGGAGGAAGCUAUCCAUUUCCUAAAGGUGGGUCUACUAUGUGUACAAGAGAAAUGCAACCUCAGGCCAAAAAUGUCAGCAGCCAUUGAAAUGAUGAUGAUCGAUCAGAACGACCAGAUCAAAGUAAAUGCUUUCAACAACGUGGAAAUACCGCAGCCAGGAGUGAUCAAUAAUAAUGACUUGAAAAUAGCUCCAAGGAAGAGUGAAAGUAGCUCAAAAUCCAGCACGAGCAGCAUGCAGAGCUCUCAAGUGUACCGGUUUAAUUCUAGAGUCUAACUAAUUGUGUGUUCAUAAUCUCUGUGUGUGUGUGUUUAUUCUUUAUACAUGGCCUGGCUUGUUUGUAUUUGGCAGUUUAUAUAUAUCUACGUAAAGCAACGGUGAAGCUU